AAGGAAAACAACAGAUCCAUUUGUCGGCUUUUGACAGUUAGCUUUUCUGAAUUCCGGCUGCAAAUUAAUUUGCUGCCACUGUUUUACUGUUUUGUUUCCCAUGUAAAAUUACCAGUGUUUUAAAACACAUAAGCAUCCAGCUUUUUUCACAAAAUGAAUGAUAAUCAAUUUGGCGAGAUCAUAAAUCUGAAUGUCGGUGGAACUCGUUUCAGUACAUCUCGCCAAACUUUAACGUGGAUCCCAGAUACCUUCUUUACAUCCCUUUUGAGUGGCAGGAUCAACACCCUCGUGGAUGAUCAGGGAUCCAUUUUUGUAGACAGAGACCCUACAUUAUUCACACAUGUGUUAAACUACCUUCGUACCAAAGAAAUUCAUCUUCCUGAAACUGAUAGUGGAAUCAGAGGACUUGUGCAUGAGGCAGAAUUCUAUGGAAUCACUCCUCUCACUCAACAACUAAAACUAGUUCAAGAACUGGAUCACUCAUCCUGUGGCAAUGUUCUUUACUAUGGAUGCCUUAAUCCACCCAGUGUUCCAUUUCCAGAUGCAAGAUCUAAUAGAGGUGGGGAAGCUAGCAUUGCAAGUGAAAGCAUGCAACAACAGGCAAAUUACACAUCAAGACAGUCUGUGUUAGAUCUCAGAGCGCUGGUGCCCCCGCGAGGCACCAGUAGUUCAAGAAAUGGUCACAUUGUCAUGAACAGGACCCAUUCUCGGUCUUCUUCUCUGGAUCUACGAUGGAACUCUUUACGAAGACAAGAGGCAGGAGCAGCAGCCGGGAGUCACAAUCAAUUGGCUGCAUGGUUUGGAGGUUUACACGUUCGAUCAUCCAUCGAUCCUCUGCGAGUGAAUCUCAUCAAAGCCCACCAUAACUGGAUCUUGAUUGCCUAUGCUCACAUGAUAACUUGUCACAAAUUCAAAGACGCUGGUGGGUGGCAUCUCGUAUUUACCAGUCCUUGGAUGGAGAAUCAAAUUGACCGCGUAGCUCUAAACGCACGGAUGACAAGUAGCGGGGGUCAAAAUCAGACCCCAAAUCCUUCAUCUGAAACUAAAAUGGUCGCUUUGGCGUCAGGCACCACAAUUCGACUGUGGGCGGUCACAGAUGAUGGCCAGCGCAAUGACAUAGGAACGUUCAACAUGCAUGUCUCGAUAGAAUCUCUGUUUUUCAUCGGUAGCCAACUAGUAGCUCUUUCACGUCCACCGGUUGGAAAAAUUGGAGUAUGGCACUCGAUGACUCAACAUUGGCAAAUCCAAGACGUCACUCCGGUGUCUUCUUAUGACACUGCUGGUUCUUUACUUCUUCUAGGAUGUAGUAACGGAUCCAUAUGUUACAUUGAUAUGCAAAAAUUUCCUUUGAGAAUGAAGGAUAAUGAUCUUUUAGUCACGGAACUGUAUCGAAAUCCAACACCUGAGGCCAUCACUUCUAUCUCAGUUUAUCUGACUCCUAAAACAAAUCACACAGGCAUGUGCGGAAAUUGGAUAGAGAUCGCCUAUGGGACCAGUUCAGGGGCAGUAAGAGUAAUUGUGCAACAUCCCGAAACAGUUGGUCAUGGUCCGCAGCUCUUUCAGACGUUCACUGUCCAUCGCUCACCUGUCAAUAAAGUGAGGCUUUCUGAAAAGUAUCUAGUCUCCGUCUGUAGCGAGUACAAUCACGUACGUACCUGGAGCGUCACGCGCUUCAGGGGGAUGAUAUCCACUCAACCUGGCUCUACACCAGUCUCAUCCUUCAAAGUUUUAUCGCUGGAUGAGUACGACGGUUAUUCGAAUGGCCCUAGUCCUUCACGGAGCGAUUGCGGGCCGUACGGAGAGCAAGAUGACGAACAACUCUUUGUUCAACAAAUUGUGCCGGACAGUGAUGAACUCUACGUUCGUUUGGCGUCGACGGGAAAGCGGGUUUGCGUAAUCAAAUCCGUCGAUGGUACAAUCAUCACGUCCUUUUGCGUGCACGAAUGUGAAGGAUCUAGCCGAAUGGGAUCGCGUCCUCGUCGAGUUCUUUUCACCGGCCAUUCAAAUGGCGUGGUCCAAAUAUGGGAUUUAAGCACGGCACUUGACCUCUCUAACCGCGGAGAUCCACCCCAAGUAGGUGGUCCUACACCCGCUGAAUUGGUCCGUGCUCUGGAACAGUGUGAAGUGGUUGCCUCACGUGGAUCCACCCCUGCCCCUACUCCCAAUCCCGGUCUAUCAGCUGCCUAUCUUCACGGCCACUCAAGAAUUAAGGCAGCCAAUGUACCUCUUCUUCUACAACUACAACGUCCCAACAACGAUGCUACCCAUCACGAUGACACUGAAGCGGAUUGCCGUCUGGCCCCCUCUGGUGAUGGUGACCAUUAAUACUGGGCUAUGUGCACGUUGUACUCUGUAAGUAAACUUUCCUUAAGAACCGAGUCCGGUACUUAUGCGUCGAAAUCCCUUGAUCUGGUACGGAUGUAUCUCAUAGAUCUUUGAGUCACAAAUGUUUGGGAUAUGAAGGUACAAGUAGAAUCAAUGCCCUUCUCGUGUUAUUUUAGGAAAGCAAACGGUCACGUAUUUUUUACUAGUAGCACUCCAUAUUGCAACUCCUGUGCCUAUUUCUCCAUUUCGACGCUUGACCUAUCGCAGACUUUUAGAUAAGCCACUUUAUCGAUUAAUGUAUGCGUUGUAUUACUGUAGGGGCCGUUCUAGCGCAAUUCUGACAUUCUGGCGUCUUGCGUUUUUCAUAUCCCCUACCCCAUACAUGAUUAAAUCUCGUAUUAAUAACACCUUGCACCAUAUCCACGGAAAGGGCUAAUUGGUUUAUCAUGUUGCCAUCGCUGGUGAUCGUGCGCUUCUAAAACAAUGUUUUCAGCCACCGAAUGCACGUCUUUGUCUUCCAAAUUAAAGUUACGUUUAUUCCGCUGAAGCGUUUUUUAUUUUUUUUCCCUCUUGCGUUGUUGUCAUACGUUUGCAGCAAACGCUCGGCGAUCGCCAUUUUAAAAACUAUCUCUUGCUUGUUUUGUUUUUUGUCUGUUUCUUGCGAUACAGAAUGAUCUUUAUAAACACCUUAAAAGGUUACCGAGAUA